AUGACGGAUGGUAGAGGGGUCAGAUUAUUAACAGAUUUGAAUAAUAUUUUUAAAAGAGAUCCGAAUAUAGAUGAAUAUGAUGUAUUACCUGUUAUAGAACCAAAACAUAAUAAAAGUCCCUUGGUUGUAGUUGAUCAUAAACUGGGAGUAGAACUUUGGUGUGUUUCUAUACUUUAUCAACAUGCCUAUGAUAGAUUAUUUUCUUGGAGAGACAAAAAUGGAGGUGGAAAAUUUAUAGACCCAGUAGAAGUAGGUAAUUUAUGUCGUGCUGUAUUAUUAGUUAAUCCUGAAUGUUAUACAGCUUGGAAUAUCAGAAAAGAGUGUGUGGAAUCUUGUACCUUAAAUAUUGAAGAUGAUCUGAAACUUGGAAGAUUGAUAUUAACAAAACAUCCUAAAAGUCCUGAAACAUUCAUUCAUAGGAGAUGGUUAUUACAAAGAUAUAUUAACCAAUGUUUGAUUUUUCUGCCAACAAAUCAAAAUUCCUCUAGCAAUAAUACCCUAAUUCCUGUACAACUCAAUACCAAUAUACAACGAUUAGUCACUCAGGAAUUUGCUGUUUGUUUACAUGCUGCCGAACAUUAUCCAUGCAAUUAUCAUGCCUGGAGUCACAGAAUAUGGUUGAUACAGACAGCUUAUAAUAAUUCUAUUCAGGUAUUACUUACAGAAUUACAGAAAACUAUUAUUUGGUUUGCACAACAUGUAUCAGAUCACAGUGGUUUUCAUUACCGCCAGUUUCUACUUACCUCAUUAAUGAACCAAUCAAAAACAUUGUUACAUAAAUACCAUAUAGAUAUAAAUGAUAUAAUAACUCAGGAAUUUGAUAAGACUUGUGAUUUGAUUGCAUGUUUUCCAGGACAUGAAGCUCUGUGGUAUCACAGGUAG